CAUCAUCCAUCAUUUCAUCGAAACCCAAAAGAUUGCGUUGCCAUGGGUGGAGCAGCAAAGACCCUCCUCACUCUCUCCCUCUCCUCAAAUCUCUUCACCCUCUCUCGUCUCCCAGCAGCAGCCAGACGCUUCUCUCUCCCAAAACCCACCAGGGUUUUAACAGGGUUUAGGCCCCUUUGCACAACCACCAUCACUCCCGCCGUUCAAGUCGAAGACCAAGACGUGCUUCAACCCCUGAAGCAUUCCGUGCUUCUCGAGAGGCUCCGGCUCCGGCACCUGAAAAGCAGCUCUGCCAAGCCACAGAAUAACCCCAAUGGGGAGAGGCAGAGUGAGGAUAGGUCAGUGAGGAAGAAGAAGGUUGAGGUUGAUAGUUUUGGGGAGUUGGGUCUGACUGAGGAGGUGUUGGAGGCUUUGAGAGAGAUGGGUAUUCAAGUUCCUACUGAGAUUCAGUCCAUUGGAAUCCCAGCUGUGUUGGAAGGGAAGACUGUUGUCUUGGGUUCUCACACUGGCUCUGGCAAGACUCUGGCUUACAUGUUGCCUGUUGCUCAGCUGCUGAGAAGGGAUGAGGCCCAAAAUGGUAUUAUAAUGAAGCCCAGGCGUCCCCGAGCUGUUGUGCUAUGCCCAACUAGGGAGCUGUCUGAACAGGUGUUUCGUGUUGCCAAGUUCAUCAGCCAUCAUGCAAGAUUCAGGUCUACUAUGGUAAGCGGUGGUGGUAGGUUGAGACCCCAGGAGGACUCGUUGAAUAACCCAAUUGACAUGGUAGUUGGUACCCCUGGAAGGAUUCUUCAACAUAUUGAGGACGGCAACUUGGUUUAUGGCGACAUCAAAUACUUGGUGUUGGAUGAGGCAGAUACUAUGUUUGAUCGUGGCUUUGGUCCAGACAUUCGCAAGUUUCUUGCCCCAUUAAAGAAUCGUGCUUCAAAACCUGAUGGCCAAGGAUUCCAAACUGUUUUGGUCUCUGCCACAAUGACAAAGGGAGUGCAAACUCUUAUUGAUGAGGAGUUCCAAGGAAUACUACAUUUGCGCACUUCCUCACUGCAUAAGAAGAUUGCAUCUGCUCGUCAUGAUUUCAUUAGGCUUCCUGGUUCUGAGAACAAGAUGGAAGCACUGCUGCAGGUUCUCGAGCCAAGUUUAGCAAAGGGAAACAGAGUAAUGGUAUUCUGCAACACAUUAAAUUCCAGCCGUGCUGUGGAUCACUUUCUCAACGAAAACCAGAUCUCCACUGUGAAUUACCAUGGUGAGGUGCCAGCAGAACAAAGGGUUGAAAACCUCAACAAGUUCAAGAGUGAUGAUGGAGAUUGCCCAACAUUGGUCUGCACGGACCUAGCUGCGAGGGGACUAGACUUGGAUGUAGACCAUGUUAUCAUGUUUGAUUUUCCCUUGAAUUCUAUUGACUACCUUCAUCGUACCGGAAGAACAGCUCGCAUGGGUGCAAAAGGGAAAGUGACGAGUUUGGUAACUAAGAAGAACCUCAUGUUAGCUACUCGUAUUGAGGAGGCGAUAAAGAAGAAUGAGAGCUUGGAAUCUCUGAGUGUAGAUAGUGUCAAGAGGGACGUUGCCCGUGCCCACAUCACUCCACAAAAAACCAGUAAUCCAAAAUUUACAAGGGUCUCAAAUCAGAAAUCCAAGAGCAGAGCAUCUGGAACAAAAUAUGCAAAGACAUCUGUUCAGCCAUCAAAAUCGGUAAGGGCUGUAAAGCCUUCCAACACAAAUAACUCUAAGAAAGCUUUUUCUUCUGGCAAGAGGCCAUCAGAAAGCAGAAGGACACCUGCAGUUAAAUCAUCAGCUUCAAAGUUGAGUGUUGUUGGGUUUAGGGGGCGCACUUCUUGGUCUAAUAAGAAAGAAUCAUCAGUGGCCAACUGAUGGAUCAAUUUUACACUGAAAUCCCCUCAUAGUAAAGACUCAACAUACCAACAUAUUGUGAUAUUAAUGUUGACUGGAUGCUUUAAUUUACUAACAGAACAAUGGUAGUAUUGUGCUGGCUCUUGGCUGACAUUUUUGAUUUCCUUUUCCACUAAUUCCAUUAGGUUUCAUACUCAGUGCAUAGUAAAUUCUACGGUGCUAUUAUCAAACAUUCAAAUUACAUUGGACGCUACUUAUCUUGUCAAACAUGACAUUUCAGUUGGUACUAUUCUUUUAAAUUAAUAAUUGUCUUGAGAAAAACAAAACAAGGACAAAUAAAUCUUGUGAAGGGAGGCAUCAUUGGUGUUCCUUAUUGAAACCGAGUCCACAAGGCAUGGUAGUUUUGAAACAUUGUAGCAGUACUCUAGUAUCAGUUGUUGCCAUUUCGUUCUUCCUCAUUUCCAGGUUAAACGAGGGGUUUUGUCUGGCUUGACGAUGUUCCCCUCGGCGUCAUAGAUUAUGACUCCUGAAAAAUCUGGUAGCUGGCACUUACCUCCCAUGAGUAUGUUUUUCUGCCAGACCGGGUCUUCUUGGUCACCACUAUCAUCCAUGCUUUCUUCAUUCGGACCUGGUUGCAUAUGUUGUAUUACUGGACUGUCGUCGACCAAAAAGUCAGUGCAAGAAUUCCACCGGCGCCGCCAUUUGCGUGAAUGAGAAGCACACAUGAACAAUGAGAGGGCACAACAUAGAAGGGUCAGAGCAGCCAGGCCGACUUGAAGUAUGCUUGGUAGGGGGUGUGACAGAAGAAGCUGCCGAGCCAUGAGGAACUUGAAGAUGUAGUAUGCAAGAAUGGAACCAGGGUAUCUUUAUAGUUUCAAAAUUUCCUGUAGAAGUAGUUGAAGUU